GUUGCCCAUUGGAGGUGAAGAGGGUGAUACGAAUCCUAUCAUAGGAUCCUCAUGUGAUAUGCACGCAGCCACGCACUAAAUGGCCAACGAAUCUGGACUCUGGAUUUACAUACUAAAAAAGCAGGGCUCGAAAAAGAAACCUGUGGAGGAAGCAGAGUCCCCUGCAUUUUUAGAAUAUUCUAAUAACAGAGAGACUAUUAUAUUAGAUACAUCUGUUGAUGAUUAUUAAUCAAAGAUUCUCUUUAUGUUUGUUAAUUAGUCAGGAUGGCAAUAAAGAAUACAAUCUGACUGAAUUUCUUCCACCCUAUCUUUACCUGAUCGUGCUAUGUCUCCUGUUCUGUUUUCCUCUGAUGACAAAUUGAUUUGUAAGGGGGAGGUGAACUAAGUUGAACAGAACACAAAGAGAGAGAGAGAGAAGACAGAAUGAAGCACAGCGGUGGGAACCAAGCAUGCUUCGUCCUUGGUCAAAAGACCCCAAGCAUCCGAGAUCUCUACUCCUUGGGACACAAACUAGGUCAAGGACAGUUUGGGACCACUUACAUGUGCAGAGAGAUCUCAACAGGGCGUGAAUACGCGUGCAAGUCUAUAACAAAACGAAAGUUGAUUACAAAGGAAGAUGUAGAAGACGUGCGCAGGGAAAUUCAGAUCAUGCACCAUCUGGCUGGUUACAAGAACAUUGUCACCAUUAAAGGCGCUUACGAGGAUCCAUUGUAUGUUCACAUCGUCAUGGAGCUCUGCUCAGGUGGGGAGCUUUUUGACAGAAUCAUCCAGAGAGGGCAUUACAGUGAGAGAAAAGCAGCUGAGCUGAUCAAGAUCAUUGUUGGUGUUGUUGAGGCUUGCCAUUCGCUUGGUGUCAUGCAUAGAGAUCUAAAACCAGAAAAUUUCUUGUUGGUGAAUAAGGACGACGACUUCUCACUCAAAGCCAUUGAUUUUGGGCUUUCCGUAUUCUUCAAACCAGGUCAAAUAUUCGAGGAUGUGGUUGGGAGUCCUUAUUACGUAGCUCCUGAGGUUCUGCUCAAGCACUAUGGACCAGAGGCUGAUGUGUGGACCGCAGGGGUCAUACUGUACAUAUUGGUGAGCGGAGUACCUCCCUUCUGGGCAGAAACACAGCAAGGGAUAUUUGAUGCAGUGCUCAAGGGACACAUUGACUUCGACUCCGAUCCUUGGCCCCUAAUAUCUGACUCUGCAAAAGACUUGAUCCGCAGCAUGCUCUGUUCACGGCCCUCGGAGCGUCUCACAGCUCAUCAAGUAUUGAGGCAUCCUUGGAUUUGUGAAAAUGGAGUUGCGCCAGACAGAGCACUCGAUCCUGCGGUGCUUUCUCGUCUUAAGCAGUUCUCUGCCAUGAAUAAACUUAAGCAGAUGGCUUUAAGAGUAAUAGCUGAGAGUCUCUCUGAAGAAGAAAUAGCUGGACUAAAAGAAAUGUUCAAAGCAAUGGACACAGAUAACAGUGGAGCCAUUACAUUUGACGAGCUAAAAGCUGGGUUGAGAAGAUAUGGUUCUACCCUCAAGGAUACUGAGAUCCGUGACCUAAUGGAGGCUGUAAGUACUCUAAACCCUGAUCUGUGUAUCUCUUUGAAAAUCAGUAUGUUAAAAAAAAACCUCUGUGCGACUUACCAGGCAGAUAUUGACAAGAGUGGGACCAUAGACUAUGGUGAAUUCAUUGCUGCAACAAUCCAUCUGAACAAAUUAGAACGUGAGGAACAUCUCCUCUCAGCCUUCAGGUAUUUUGACAAAGAUGGGAGCGGCUACAUCACAAUCGACGAGCUACAGCAAGCGUGUGCUGAACAGGGGAUGAGCGAUGUCUUUCUUGAAGAUGUGAUCAAGGAAGUCGACCAAGACAAUGAUGGAAGGAUCGAUUACGGAGAGUUUGUAGCGAUGAUGCAGAAGGGCAUUGUAGGAAGAACAAUGAGGAAAAGCAUAAAUAUGAGCCUCAGGAACAAUGCCAUCUCUUAGUGGCUGGCUAAUAUAAGUGUAAUCUCAUGGUUAAUUUACAGAGCUGAGCCACGAGAUGCAAAAGCUGCAAAGCUCCGCGGAAAUAUGGUUUACGUUCAGUCAAAAAAAAAAAAUAUGGUUUACGUAGUAUGGAUGAUCCUUCCUAGUAAUUGUAGAAACAACAAAGGCUAAAGUGUAC